AUGCCACCAUUUCUUGCACCUCAGACAACUUCGCUAAAAAGAAAAGGAUCUGAAGAUGACUGUGUGUCGACAUCGAAAAGAAUAAAUCUUGGCUCAAGCCAUUCAGGCAACGGGAAUAGCCAAAAUCACUAUUGGAUGGUCCAGUGGAGGAACAAACAGACGAAGAAACAUAAGUCAUGGGAGGGCGACGGGAUACUUGUCGCGUUGGAUAACGGGUCGAAGAGCACAUUGUUUGACGUGGAUAAAACUAUUCUUGCAACUGCCAAGCUACUCCCUCCUUUUGAACAAGGGAAAGAAAUGUGCCUUGGUGGAGCCAAGGACAUACUCUUAGAUUGCGAAAUAUCUGCGGAAGAGUUCCAAAACGGGUCUUACUUCACGUCGAUUAUGCCGGAAGUUACUGCUGCCCUUUCAUCAAAGCCUGCGUUCAGACCUCCCAAGAGGGCACUGAAUCCACUUUUGAUAAGAAAACCGGAAACUGAGGCCGGACAACAGCCCACGUCUUCACCUCCUUCAUCGAAUCCAGCGAGUGAUGGACCAUCUCAGGAGAAGGUCUUAAUUCCAGUUCAUGUCAAUGGUCCGCUUCAGAACUCGUAUUGGAGCGCGAAUUGGCGCAAAACAGGGAACAGCAGAAAGAAGGACACGUGGGAGGGCGAUAGUUACAUCAAGCACGAGAAGGGUUCUAUCACCAUGCUAUCGGAGAGCGGUAAAACCAUGGGGAUCACCUCACAGAAGACGAGUCUUCAAUCCGGACAGCGACUGUUCAUAGGAGGGAAAGAGAUUCAGCUCCUGUCCGAGAUUACUAAGUACCAGCUUCCUCAAGUAGGAGGUCAGGCUGAACUCGAUACUCUUCCCCCCGAACCUCUGCAGGCUGUGCCGUCGCCAGAACCCAGCAAGAGAUAUAUCCCACCCGCUUCGUUUUAUGGUGUCCCUACUAAACCUGCUGCUUCAAGGCAUGACCCCAAAGCGGAAGGCGCGGUAGUUAUGAAGUAUCCUACAGAAGAACAUCAAGACCGGUAUAACAAGAAAAACCGCCCGAUUGUGGAUGUUGUUUUGGACCCAAUAAUAGCACGGAAAAUGAGGCCACAUCAACACGAGGGUGUCAAGUUCUUGUACGAGUGUGUUAUGGCACUUCGAAAGCAUGAAGGACAGGGCUGUAUACUUGCUGAUGAGAUGGGCCUUGGAAAGACGUUGCAGACCAUCAGUCUAAUUUGGACAUUACUUAAACAAAAUCCAUACUCUGGUGGCGAGCCAGUCAUAAACAAGGCGAUGAUUGUCUGCCCGGUCUCCCUCAUCAAUAACUGGAAAGCUGAAUUCUACAAAUGGCUUGGUAAGGAUCGGGUUGGCGUCACAGUUUGCGACAAAAGACUGGACACUGUGCGGACAUUUGCAAACUCGCGAAAGCAACAUGUCCUAAUUGUCGGCUAUGAAAGGCUGAGAACCGUAAUCAAGGAGAUUGCUACCUGCGGCAUUGGGCUAAUAGUUUGUGAUGAAGGUCAUCGUCUGAAGUCAUCCAAAAACAAGACAUACGCUUCAUUCAAGGCUUUCAAUACCCCACGCCGUAUCAUUCUGUCUGGUACACCUAUUCAGAAUGAUCUAAGUGAAUUCCAUGCUAUGGCAAACUUUUGCAAUCCUGGACUUUUCGAUGAAUAUCCUGCAUUUAAGAGGAUCUAUGAAAAUCCAAUCUUGAAGAGUCGAGCGCCAGGGUGCACAGAGAAGGAGUCGGAACUCGGGGAGAAACGGUCCGCGCAACUGUUGAACAUUGCGAAGAGUUUCGUUCUCAGGCGAGAAGCCACGAUUCUAGGCAAUUAUUUGCCACCGAAAACGGAAUACGUUGUGUUCAUCAGACCUUCUAGUCUUCAACUAUCGAUUUUCUCAAAGAUACUUCAGCCCGAACAAGUGGAGGAUUAUAUGCAUUCUACUAUCGAAUCUCUGGCUGUGAUCAAUAUGUUGAUCAAAGUCAGUAGUAGUCCUAUCCUUCUCAAAGCAGCCUUGGAGAAAGGGCAGAGUGCGAAAAAUAUGCUUCAUCGUAAUAUUCGGGAGGCAGCAUCACUAUUGCCACCUGACAUUGAAGUCGAGGAUAUAACGCUGAGCGGCAAACUGACCGCACUCGCGAAACUUCUGGCGAAAGUCCGAGAGACUACAGACGAAAAAUGUGUCCUAGUUUCUCAUUAUACGUCGACAUUGAACAUACUGGAAGCAUUUUGCAUGAAGAUGAACUACAGCUAUUUCCGAUUAGACGGGCAAACACCAGUCGCGAAAAGGCAGGAAUAUGUGAACAUCUUCAAUAAAACCGAUCAGAAAUCUGGUUUCAUCUUCCUAUUGAGUUCGAAAGCAGGUGGUGUCGGUAUUAAUCUCAUAGGCGGAUCGCGGCUGUGUCUGAUAGAUUCAGAUUGGAAUCCGAGUCAUGACCUGCAAUCUAUGGCUCGAUGCCAUCGUGACGGCCAGAAGAAACCUGUCUUUAUUUAUCGGUUUCUGACAGCCGGUGCUAUCGACGAGAAGAUAUUCCAACGCCAGAUUAUCAAACUCGGCUUGAGCAACUCGCUCAUGGGCUCAGACUCGAACACCACAAAGGGGGAUUCGUUCACAAAGAAAGAUCUCAGAGAUAUCUUUCGAGUGGAUCCUGAUACGGCUUCAAAUACUCAUGAUCUAUUGGGUUGUCCUUGUCAGGCUGACGAGGAAGACGUUUGGAUUUCUCCGACGCUGUCCUCGAACGAAGAUGAAGGGCGUAAAGGGUUUGUCAUGGCCUCGGAGGUAACGGAGGCUGAUGUCAACAAGACUGAUCGGGAGUAUCUUGAGAAAAAGAAAGCCAGCCUUGCUUCCUUGGAUGAAUGGAAGCAUAUUGACUGCCUGAACGGUGGUAGUGCUAGAGAAGAGAUUCGAGACGAAAUACUCACGGGUUUGCUGCUCCAUAUGCAAGACGCCAACCAGAUUGACGCUCAAGACCUAAAUGAGUUGACGGAUGAUCCGCUCCUGGCAGUGGUGGAUAUCAAGAAUAUUGAACGUGUGGAUCGGAUGAGAAAUGGUUGGGGUGUUCGAGAUGUGCCGGGGGGUACUGUAACGUUUGUAUUUGAAAAAUGCUCUCGGACCGCUGUGAAUGAGGCGGAGACAGAAGUGGAGGAAGAGGUGUGA